AUGGAUGAAGCACAGUUGCUGUUGCCUAUUUCUCUUGCAGGAGAGAGUCUUCACCCACACCAUUCCCCAAGACGAGUGUAUACCCUGGUAUGGGUGAGACCAACCCACUGGAUAGCAAUAGCUAUCGACCCCCUCGGCCAGGUUUCGUCGCGCCCCCUCCCAACUACAGCCUGGCCCCAGGGGGAGCGAAACCCACCUGCAGCUGGCUAUGGGCAGCCUGGCUUCACCCAGGCAGGCCAGGGUUUCGCCCCUGGUCCCUUCACUCAGGGGCCUUACCAGCAAGGACCCACACAGCCCAGCUUUCCUGGAGACUCCAUUCCACCUGCCAGCAGCCCUGGUUAUCACGCUGAUGGGCUUCCAUCUUACUAUGACAACGAGUUCACCACCUCUGGCUUUGAAGACAAGAACAUCCGACAAGCCUUCAUCCAAAAACUGCUGGUCACUUUCUCCAUUGUUGCCAUCUUCACCUUUGUCCAUGAGGCCAAGUACUUUGUGCGACGUCAUCCAUGGACAUACUAUGUGUCCUAUGCAGUCUUCUUCAUAGUCCUAAUUGUCCUCAGCUGCUGUGGAGACUUUUGCCGCAAGCACCUCUGGAACUUGGUUGCACUGUCCAUCCUGACCCUGUCCCUCUGCUACAUGGUGGGCAUGAUUGCCAGUUUCUAUAACACAGAGACUGUCAUAGCUGUGGGUAUCACUGCAGUGGUCUGCUUCACUGUCGUCCUGUUCUCACUGCAGAGCAAGUAUGACUUUACUUCCUGUUGGGGCGUGCUCUUUGUGUGCUUGAUUGUGCUGUUGCUCUUCUCCAUCCUCGGCCACAAGAUCCUACACAUCGUCUAUGCCUCACUGGGGGCCCUGCUUUUCACCUGCUUUUUGGCGGUUGACACUCAGCUCCUCCUGGGCAACAAGAAGCUGUCCCUGAGUCCAGAGGAGUACAUUUUUGCUGCCCUGAACCUCUACACCGACAUCAUCAACAUCUUCCUCUACAUCCUGGCUAUUGUGGGACGUUCCCGUGAAUGAGGCUGCACCUUGGAGAGAACAGCAGGGAGAUAGAGAAUGCCUCCCUUUAUCAUGAAAUGUUGCUAACAUGCCCUUUUCUCUAUACUGUUUAGUAUUGAUGAAAACCAGCUUUGUCUGAUUAAAAAGACAUUUGUGUUAGAAAUACCCUACUUUAAUCUGUCCUUUUUUCAAACUGCUGGUGUAAAAUAACUGCAUGGC